GUCCGAAGAUGGCGGCGUCGCGUCGCUCUCAGCAUCAUCACCACCAUCAUCAACAACAGCUCCAGCCCGCCCCAGGGGCUUCGGCGCCGCCGCCGCCACCUCCCCCCCCACUCAGCCCCGGCCUGGCCCCGGGGACCACCCCAGCCUCCCCUACGGUGGGUGGCCUGGCCCCCUUCGCCUCCCCGCGGCACGGCCUAGCGCUGCCGGAGGGGGAUGGCAGUCGGGAUCCGCCCGACAGGCCCCGAUCCCCGGACCCGGUUGACAGUACCAACUGUUGCAGUACCACGAGCACAGUCUGUACCGUCGCCGCAGCUCCCGUGGUCCCGGCUCUUCCUGCCUCAUCUGCCGUCGGGGUCGCUCCCAGCCCAGCCGGCGGUGUCAGUAACAAUUCACCGUCGUCCUCUUCUUCCCCGACUUCUUCCUCAUCUUCCUCUCCAUCCUCCCCCGGAUCGAGCUUGUCGGAGAGCCCCGAGGCGGCCGGAGUUAGCACCACAGCAACAUUGGGACCUGGGGCAGCAGGACCUGGGCCAGGGGUCCCAGCAGUGAGCGGGGCCCUCCGGGAACUGUUGGAGGCCUGUCGCAAUGGGGACGUGUCCCGGGUAAAGAGGCUGGUGGACGCGGCAAACGUGAAUGCUAAGGACAUGGCCGGCCGGAAGUCUUCUCCCCUGCACUUCGCUGCAGGUUUUGGAAGGAAGGAUGUCGUAGAACACUUACUGCAGAUGGGUGCUAAUGUCCAUGCUCGUGAUGAUGGCGGUCUCAUCCCGCUUCAUAAUGCCUGUUCUUUUGGCCAUGCUGAGGUUGUGAGUCUGUUACUGUGCCAAGGAGCUGAUCCAAAUGCCAGGGAUAACUGGAACUAUACCCCUCUGCAUGAAGCUGCUAUUAAAGGCAAGAUCGAUGUAUGUAUUGUGCUGCUGCAGCACGGAGCUGAUCCAAACAUUCGGAACACUGAUGGGAAAUCAGCCCUGGACCUGGCGGAUCCUUCAGCAAAAGCUGUCCUUACAGGUGAAUACAAGAAAGACGAACUCCUAGAAGCUGCUAGGAGUGGUAAUGAAGAAAAACUAAUGGCUUUACUGACUCCUCUAAAUGUGAAUUGCCAUGCAAGUGAUGGGCGAAAGUCAACUCCUUUACAUCUAGCAGCGGGCUACAACCGAGUUCGGAUCGUUCAGCUUCUUCUCCAGCAUGGUGCUGACGUGCAUGCAAAAGACAAAGGUGGACUUGUUCCUCUCCAUAAUGCAUGUUCAUAUGGGCAUUACGAAGUCACAGAACUGCUACUAAAGCAUGGAGCUUGUGUUAAUGCUAUGGAUCUCUGGCAGUUUACCCCACUCCAUGAGGCUGCUUCCAAGAAUCGUGUAGAGGUCUGCUCUUUGUUACUUAGUCAUGGUGCCGAUCCCACUUUAGUCAACUGCCAUGGCAAAAGUGCCGUGGAUAUGGCUCCAACGCCUGAGCUCCGGGAAAGAUUGACUUAUGAAUUUAAAGGUCAUUCUUUACUACAAGCAGCCAGAGAAGCAGACCUAGCGAAAGUUAAAAAAACACUUGCUUUGGAAAUCAUUAAUUUCAAACAACCACAGUCUCAUGAAACUGCACUGCACUGUGCUGUGGCCUCCCUGCAUCCCAAACGCAAACAAGUGACAGAAUUGUUACUUAGAAAAGGAGCAAAUGUUAAUGAAAAAAAUAAAGAUUUCAUGACGCCCCUGCACGUUGCAGCAGAAAGGGCCCACAAUGAUGUCAUGGAAGUUCUACAUAAACAUGGAGCAAAGAUGAAUGCACUGGACACCCUUGGUCAGACUGCUUUGCAUAGAGCUGCCCUUGCCGGUCACCUGCAGACCUGCCGCCUGCUACUGAGUUACGGCUCUGAUCCCUCCAUCAUCUCUUUACAAGGCUUUACAGCAGCACAGAUGGGGAACGAAGCAGUGCAGCAGAUUCUGAGUGAAAGUACACCUAUACGCACUUCUGAUGUUGACUAUCGGCUCUUAGAAGCAUCUAAAGCCGGAGACUUGGAAACUGUGAAGCAACUCUGCAGCCCUCAGAAUGUGAAUUGCAGAGAUUUAGAGGGCCGGCAUUCUACACCCCUACACUUUGCGGCAGGCUAUAACCGUGUGUCUGUCGUAGAGUACCUCCUACACCAUGGUGCCGAUGUCCAUGCCAAAGACAAAGGUGGCUUGGUGCCUCUUCAUAAUGCUUGUUCAUAUGGACACUAUGAAGUAGCUGAGCUCUUGGUAAGGCAUGGGGCUUCUGUCAAUGUGGCAGACUUAUGGAAAUUUACCCCUCUACAUGAAGCAGCAGCUAAAGGAAAAUAUGAAAUCUGCAAGCUCCUUUUAAAACAUGGAGCAGAUCCAACUAAAAAGAACAGAGAUGGAAAUACACCUUUAGAUUUGGUAAAAGAAGGAGACACAGAUAUUCAGGACUUACUGAGAGGAGACGCUGCUUUGUUGGAUGCUGCCAAGAAGGGCUGCCUGGCAAGAGUGCAGAAGCUCUGUACCCCAGAGAAUAUCAACUGCCGAGACACCCAAGGCAGGAACUCAACCCCUCUGCACUUGGCAGCAGGCUACAAUAACCUGGAAGUAGCUGAAUAUCUUCUAGAGCACGGAGCAGAUGUUAAUGCCCAAGACAAAGGCGGUUUAAUUCCUCUUCACAAUGCAGCAUCCUAUGGGCAUGUGGACAUUGCAGCAUUACUGAUAAAAUACAACACAUGUGUAAAUGCAACAGACAAGUGGGCAUUUACUCCUCUUCACGAAGCAGCCCAAAAAGGCAGGACACAGCUCUGUGCCCUACUCCUGGCACAUGGUGCAGAUCCAACUAUGAAGAACCAAGAAGGCCAGACACCUUUAGAUCUGGCAACGGCUGACGAUAUCAGAGCUUUGCUGAUAGACGCCAUGCCCCCAGAGGCCUUACCUACCUGUUUUAAACCUCAGGCUACUGUAGUGAGUGCCUCUCUGAUCUCACCAGCAUCCACCCCCUCCUGCCUGUCUGCUGCUAGCAGCAUAGACAACCUCGCCGGCCCCUUAGCAGAAUUGGCAGUAGGAGGAGCGUCUAACGCUGGGGAUGGCGCAGCAGGCACAGAAAGGAAGGAAGGAGAAGUUGCUGGUCUUGACAUGAAUAUUAGCCAAUUCCUGAAAAGCCUUGGUCUUGAACACCUUCGGGACAUCUUUGAAACAGAACAGAUUACACUAGAUGUGUUGGCCGAUAUGGGCCAUGAAGAGUUGAAAGAAAUAGGCAUCAAUGCAUACGGACACCGCCAUAAAUUAAUCAAGGGAGUAGAAAGACUCUUAGGUGGACAGCAAGGCACCAAUCCUUAUUUGACUUUUCACUGUGUUAAUCAGGGAACUAUUUUGCUGGAUCUUGCUCCAGAAGAUAAAGAAUAUCAGUCAGUAGAAGAAGAGAUGCAAAGUACAAUUCGCGAACACAGAGAUGGUGGUAAUGCUGGUGGCAUCUUCAACAGAUACAAUGUCAUUCGAAUUCAAAAAGUUGUCAACAAGAAGUUGAGAGAGCGAUUCUGUCACAGACAGAAGGAAGUGUCUGAGGAGAAUCACAACCACCAUAACGAGCGCAUGUUAUUUCACGGUUCUCCUUUCAUUAAUGCCAUUAUUCAUAAAGGGUUUGAUGAGCGACAUGCAUAUAUAGGAGGAAUGUUUGGUGCCGGGAUUUAUUUUGCUGAAAACUCUUCUAAAAGCAACCAGUACGUUUACGGAAUUGGGGGAGGAACAGGCUGCCCUACGCACAAAGACCGGUCGUGUUACAUAUGUCACAGACAAAUGCUUUUCUGUAGAGUGACCCUUGGCAAGUCCUUUCUGCAGUUCAGCACCAUGAAAAUGGCUCACGCUCCCCCAGGCCAUCACUCUGUCAUUGGGAGGCCGAGUGUGAAUGGGCUGGCCUAUGCUGAAUAUGUCAUCUACAGAGGAGAGCAGAACAUAGAACAAAGAAAGAAACAUCACCUGCAAGCCACAAAGAAGUAUAGAACAUGAAAGCAUGUUACGCGGGCCUCUCACUGUUGUGGCCUCUCCCGUUGCGGAGCACAGGCUCCGGACGCGCAGGCUCAGCGGCCAUGGCUCACGGGCCCAGCCGCUCCGCGGCAUGUGGGAUCCUCCCGGACCGGGGCACGAACCCGGGUACCCUGCAUCGGCAGGCGGACUCUCAACCACUGCGCCACUAGGGAAGCCCAUGGAUUAUAUUUUAAAUGGGGUUACAUUGUUGUAAACAAAUAUCCAGAAUCGGCAUUCAGCCUAAUUACAGAAUUCAACCUAUAAAUCUACCGUCACAUUUCUAUUACUUAAUGGUCAGGUGUUCUCUAUGAUUGAAAGAUAAAUCCCCAACUGUUACUUAAAAUAAAAAGGAGACAUAUACAGACAUACCAGACAAGCGGUAACCAAACGAAUGUAGACAUGGUAUUAUUGAUUCCAGACAAAGUGGGAUGGAACAUUACCUGGAAAAUAAGAAACAUCACCUACAAGCCACAAGAUGCUGUAUCAAGCACGACUUCAUGCAUGCAAGGCAACAUCGGAACACAGAAAACACAAACUGUUAAAAUCUUCCACUAUGAUUCUGAUUUCAUCAAAUCCUCCUCGUAUUUUUAAUUCAUUCCUCUAAGAAACUCACAAAAUAAAAAUGAAAAUAUCAGGGAGUCGAAUAUCAUAUUUAACUAACUUGAACUUUGUACCCAAAAGCAGAGACUGUACAUUCUUUUUGAAUGUCUUUGAAACAUUUAAAAUAAUUGACUUAGCUAACAUCUCAAAUAUUAUCCUGUUAUCAGGGAGGAAGAAAAUUUCCUCUACCUUUCUACGUUAUUCUGGCUGGUCUAAGAAUUAAAUUGACAUGAGAUAGAUUAACAGGAGAAAAAUCACACAAACGUUGAAUGACACGUAUCCAUGGGAGAGACCCAGGAAAACUGAGUAACUCCCCAAAAUGGCUGAAACCUUCACCUUAAAGACCAUCUGCAGCUAAAGAUAAAAGAGGAUGUUGGGGGUACUGAUUUGGGACUUCAGAGGGGAGGAAGGCAAUUUACGUGGAGAUGGAAAAGCAAAUGUUUGGUAAAUAAACGUUUGCUGGGCCUGCAGAGACAGUGGGACCCAGGAACUUUAACAAGCAGACUUUGCUGGGUUCCUCUUUGUCUACUAGGUUAUCUAUGGUGAUGCUCCCUUCCUGGAACAGGUCCUCUAUCUGCAUUCUUUAGGGGAAGCUCAAAGUUUCUUCCUGAGUCUUUUGUUCCUUGAUUACUUCCAAUUCGAAAUAAUCUGCAUGGCAAAAAGACAUUUAGGGGUGGCAAACUUUGCUACCUGUACUGUCAAACACAUACAUUUAUAAAAUGCAUAAAUAAAAGUCUUGAAGUAAUUACACCAAAUGGCUCAUUUUGGUUACUAAAAGUAAAGGAAAGUGGGGUGUAGGGCAGGGAUAUGGAGACGGAGGAACUUCCAUUUUUCCUUGUAUGUAUUUGUGUUCUUUGAAGUUUGGGACAGUGAACAUAUGUAUUCAUAUUCGUGUAUUUUCGUGUAUUUAUCAUUAAACAAAUUUA